UCAGACAAGGGGAGGCUUCAGCUGGUACGGUUCUCAUACAAUAGCUAGACAAAAAAAGCCAGCAGUCUAUGCAAGGAUAAGCGCAAUUCUUUGGAUUUCAGUCUACUAUCAGUGUAUUUCACUGACGGAUUUCUUGUCAUUUUACUAAUGGUGAACGGAUACUUGAACCCCUGAUUGUCCAGCCAUCACAAUAUCGCCAUGAGCGGCAUUCUCAAGAGAAAGUUUGAGGAGGUGGAUGAAGACCCCUGCUGCUCCUCGUCCUCGCCCUCCUCUCUCUCCUCCUCGGCCUACUCCGAGUGGGACUCCGAUGGGGAGAGCUGCUACUCCGACACCCUGGAUUCCAGGCCCAGCACCCCCAACUCUCCAGCAACGCAAUUCUCCUUCACGUCCAUCCUGAAGAAGGCCAAGCGGCCGAGGAGGGGCAACGUGCACUUCGACCAGGUGACGGUUUUCUACUUCCCGCGGUGCCAGGGCUUCACCAGCGUGCCCAGCCGGGGAGGGUGCACCCUGGGCAUGGUGCACCAGCACAGCGCCCGCCGCCAGUACACCCUGGCCCAGUUCGCCGAGAAGCAGCGCAGGCUGCGCCGGGAGAAGCUGAAGCAGCGGAUAAAGGAAGAGAAGCUUGAAGCCCUGAAGCUGAAGUUGACCAAGAACGGUACUCAGGAGUCCGAAGAGGCCGACAGGCUGACAGCGGACGACAUACCCGAGGACGACAUUGACAUCAGCGGCGUGGACCUGGAGGACGGCUUCACCCUCCACCCUUACCCCUCCAAGAUGCGGCACGCCCUGCUCAAAAGCGCCGGCGUCAAGAAGGUGGACAAGGACGAGAAGCGGCAGCUCCAUGACCUGCGGCUCUCGCGGGAGGACUGCGGCUGCGACUGCCAGGGCUUCUGCGAGCCCGAGACCUGCGCCUGCAGCCUGGCCGGCAUCAAGUGCCAGAUGGACCACUCUUCCUUCCCGUGCGGCUGCACCAAAGACGGGUGCGGGAACACGGAGGGCCGCAUCGAGUUCAACUCGGGCCGGGUGCAGACGCACUACAUCCACACCAUCAUGAAGCUGGAGCUGGAGAAGCGUUUGGAGGAGAGCUCGGAUGUCGGCCCUCUCGACGACGUCCCCGCCUGCCCGUCCUUCCACUUCAGCUCGGGCCUGUCCGCAGCGGGCGAGAACAGCUGCAGCAGCGACAUGACAGACUCUUCCAGCUCCUCGUGCCAGAGCGAGGACUCAGAGCCGGCGGGCAGUCCCCGCUCUGGCCAGCCCCAGCUGGACGUGGAUGACGAUGGUUUGGCCAGAAUUCUGAGCUUCAGCGACUCGGAUAACGAGGACUGCCCCCAGCAGCCCCCCGCGUGCACACUGGGCUUCUUCAACGACAACGACGGCGCGGCGGUCGAGCAGACGGACAACCGCGGCUUGUCCGUCUCCGAGUUCCUGGAUGAAAACGCCAACCAGGCCUCGGCGCUCUUUCAGAUGGUUGUCCCCCACACCCCGUCCCCCUCCGUCGAUCACUCGUCCAGCUACAUGGACCUCAGCCUGUCCUCAGAAUCAGACUUGGAGUUCCUGGACGGCUUCCCGGACUACAGCCCCAGCCCGCUGUACCACUCGCUGAGGGAUUACGAGAACUUGGACAACUACUUUCAUUUCCAGUUCCCUAGCUAUCCCAGCCUCCCCCAGACAAGUGACUCGGGCACCUGCUUCCUGGAAUCCCUGAUCGGCUUGUCAGAAUCCGUCCCAGAACCCCCUGCUACUUUUACGGACAAUCAGCUCUUGGAAGAAGCCAUUAAGUCAUCAGUAAUGGAACCUCUAAAGGUUUAAUGGGAAAUAAGCAAAAUAGACAUUAUAGUAUAUUGACUGAGGACUACAUGUAUACUUCUUACAAAUGUAUGUGUUAAUUUAAGGAAGCUGUGACCUCCCCACCUGUUUUUCUCUUUGCCUUUCAAAUGUUAGUCAAGAAGUCCGUCAUCAGAGGUAUAUAACCUGGCAGCUAACAUGUCAUGUACAAAAAAAGGUGAAAAGGUCAUUCAAACCUUUAAGCUAUCAGUGACCUUUGUUUGAUAUCCUAUCCUGAGAAGCUUUGUACCACACGGUACUCCUCCAGUCAUGAAGUGCCCCACAAAGAGCCGCCACUUUAUUUACAUGUUGAGAUUUGUUUUGGGGGCAUUCUGAAUUCUCAUUGAUUGUGCACCUCAGGGACUCUUUAAAGCUCUUUGAAGCAAUGAAUUGUGACUGUCGCUGAGAUGGGAUCCGGGUCUGUUUCACACUCCCCUGUGGCCACCCCAAACCACAGUCUCAUCAGUCUGGUGCCAGCUGAUGGGCUUUCCUCCCACAUUUUAUCCUAAAACUGGAAAUCUAUUUUCCCCACAAUGAUUUGGUAUGGUACACAAAGUCCCUUUGUCUUUAAGCUGCAGAUCAGCACUUUACCUGUGAGAAUAUUGAGAACUGAAGCAAGUUCUGGCAGAAAAGUGUUCUUUUUUUCUGCCUUUGAAGUUGUUCUUGGGCAAUACUAUUUCUGGUGUUGGGUCAACAGUGCAAAGGGUUUACAUAAUACACUAUCUGAACAUUGUAUUUAUUAUGAACUACCAUACAUAUUCCAGCUGAAGCUCAUAUUAAGAUAAAAAUAACUAAUAUAAAUGUAAUACCUCAGAAGUAUUACAUAAUGUUUUAAUUUAUUUUGUAUGUAUAUUUAUUUUGUGAAACACCACACAAAACAUAGAUUCAAGUAGCACUGCGCUCGGAUAUUAUGACCUGAAAGUGCAGCUCUUAUCUCCCAAGACUAAACACAUUGAUCAUGUUUACCAUUUUGGAAAAAAAACCCUUGGGUUUGGUUUCUGUGGGGGAACAACUUGGAAUUGAAAUAGGUCCAUGGGGAGAUAUUUAAGAGCCUUUUUUUGUUGCAGUUUAAAAAUAAUCAUUUCAAUUAAAUUAUUUUUCAUUUAUGUCAUUUAAGUUAUUGAAUUUGCUGAGAAAUUGUCAUCUGCUAAAAGGUGACUUAAUGUGCCUGUUGUGCAGAAGAACCAUGUUUGUCAGUUCAUUGGAAACAAAGGGCCUUAUUUAGCUGUCGGACUGAGAACUGUGUAGCCUACCUUUUCACUAAAUCAAAAAUUGUGGGUCUGUCAAAUAAUAUUUAAAUAUUAUUAAGGCAAUUCUCAAAUUUUUUGUAACUAAAUUGUAUAAAUUAAAUCAAAAUUCUAAUCUGUAUUACUGACAGAAAUUAUUUUAGUAGGAAAAAUAUAUAAAUCUUUUUGAAAAUUUUGAAACCUUUGUAAUAUAUGAAUUAUAUACAGUAUAUAUAUAUAGAUGAAGCUAUUGCUGUCCAGCAAAAGGCAUUUGUCAAAAGUUUUAUAGUCAAAUGGGAUGCAGAUAUUGGGAUUCUUAUUUUAGUCAAAGAAAUUCCACCAAAAAUAUAAAGAUUAAGCUGUAUUUAGUAUUUUUGGGUGAACAUAAUUGAGUUCAUAUGAACAAGGUAUGUACAUUUUUGGUUUUGCAGUUUUGUGAAAAUACAAAUUUUAUGCAACUUUUUUACAGCUUUUCUGGUGCCAAUCUUUCAUUUACAACUGCAAAAAGAAUAUAUGCUAUAAAUGGCAAUAAUGCAUUAAGCCUACCCUAAUGAGCUAAGAUAGGGCACUACAUAUGAAACUACUGUACAUAUCUGACCUAUGCUAAAGCUAUCUCUGAAUCUAAUUUGUAUCUUAAAGGAAUUGCGCAUAUACGGACCCCAAACUUUCAAUUUUUAGUUGAAACAUUCCAAGGCUUCCCUGCAUACAGUUUACUUUGAAUGCAAAACAAAACAUUGGAAAUAGAUUUGCUUUUGCCUUCACAUGUUUUCUGUAUAAUUUAUUUGAUUUAUUUUCAGUGCCAUCAAGAAGGCACCUUUUGUAGAUACUUUUUCCCCUUGUAUAAAUGUAUUGCUGGUUAUGAAGAAAUGAAAAAUAUGGAUAUUUAUUAAUGUAAUAAUAUUGUAUGUAUUGCUCUCUGAGGCUUUGCUUAAUACUUUUAUUACUUCUGCCUUUUUAUGUUGUACGUAUGGUUUUUUUUUUUUGUUUCUUUUUCCUGCUUAAAUGGUACUGCCGAGUUACAUGCUGCUUUUUUACUUUUACAUUUUCAUUGUAAACAGACUGUUUAUAAAAGCCAUUUUUAUUGUAAACAGACUGUUUAUAAAAGCCAUUUUCAUUGUGAACAGACUGUUUAUAAAAGCCAUUUUCAUUUCAUCAAAGCAAUUUGACAAUGUUUCUAUCGCUACAAAUAAAUGUUCAACCUUUUCAUAAA